AUGACCUCUCAUAUAUGUUGUUACAUGAAAAAUGUGAAAACAACAUACAAAGCAAGAAGACACAAGGCAGCAGGAAAGCAAAAAGCGGAAAAAAUAUUUGAACAAGCAGCUACCACAAUAUUCGGGUAUCUUUCCGUUUUGCCCAAGGAAAUGUGCUUUCAUAUCUUUGCUCGAGUUCCUCUGGUUGAUCUUGGAAAUCUUUCCCUUACUUCGCGCUCAAUGAGAGAUUUAGUCUUGGAGUACAUCAGAAGCAAACAGGGUCUGUCAAAGAUAUUGCCAGAAGUUUCCAAAACAGAUGAGAAGGAAAGCUACAUCGCAGAAGUGAUCAUUUUGGAUAAUGCUUUGAAAUACAGUGAACAUUUCGGAGAUCUUGGUGUUCUGCUGAAGAAAGUAAGCUGUCUUUUUUCUACGAAAGAAAGGUUAAAAGAAGUUGGUGUAGCGCUGGACAAGUUGAAAGACACCCAUUCUCUACUGUGCACUCAGUUCAGCAGCGACUUUGCCUACAGCUGCUAUGGAGCAUUUUUACGGUCAUUCAUAGCAGGAUGGGAAGACGAUGAGAAAUUACGAGCUUAUCAUGCAAUCAAAGGAGCGUCUUUAUUAGAUGAGAGAAUGGAAAAAGUCCUCAACUCAGCGCCUGGUACUUAUCCUUGGUUCGAAAAGUACAUCCGCGUGUUUUGUAGAGAGAUCUUCUUAAAUAAAGCUUUUGAUGAAACUGAUCGAGGUUUCUGGUUAUCUACAAUACUUCAGCCAUGGCCGAUCGUCUUUCAAGCUCGAUUACUUUAUUUGCUAUACGGACCAUUCUAUCGAGAUACAGGUUUGGUCAAUUGGUCUGUGAUGUCAACGUGUCCAACGUUUUACGGAGUUGAGGACGUUGAGAUUCGAGAGCUUGCAGAUGCUUUGGUCUUACUUCAUACAGAAUGCAAAGAGAAAUGGAACGAGGAUGGAAUUAUUAGCAUUAUCGAGGAAUUGUCAGGAAUAUCCAAUGAAUGGUGUCUAGAGAACAUAGCCAAGCUGCUAGUGCUUUGUGGCGAACACGUGACCUAUUCAGUCCUUGGAAGUAAGGCCGUCAAUGGUCGAAUACAUGAACUGGCUUAUCUAGGGUAUUCGAUCGCACAGGUUGCUGGUCGGUAUGAUAUGGGUCAUGGUAAGAGUCGUAAACUAGAUAUGUUUGUGAGUCUUGUCAAGAGAAUGGUGAACGCUAUGCCUGGAUACAAGAAUAAAGUAUCGUUUGCCAUGUCAUUAUUUAACGUCUGGGAAGAGAACAUCAUUUCUCUAACAGAGGAAAUCCAGGACGAUACAGAUCACGACGGAACCUCCGAAGAGCCCGAACAAGCUCUCAUCGAAAGCGUCCACAAUUUAUGUAAAGUUGCAGGCUUACUUUUAAAGGAGUCGAUUACCAACAAAUGA